AUGACUCUUGCUCGUAGAAUUGUAUCCCCGGAGGAUUUGACUCAGUGGAUUGAGUCGCCAGCCUACAAUCAAAUUAUCACAUUUAUAACCAAGUUGCAAGAUCUGGUGCAAGGCAAGCCAAACGACUCACCAGUGCAAGUAUCAGAAAAUAGUCAAAUCGUUUUGAACUUGCUUGAUAAUGUUGUUCAACGGGCAAUAGAUAACAACCCAGUAGUACAUGAAAAGGAAAUCUCAAGAUUUGGGAAGAUUGAGUUCAGGGAUUUCUAUGACGAACUCGGUGAGCUAUUACCAGCUGAGAUCAAGACUUUAGUGGUGGCCAAGUAUGGAAACGAAGAGGAAGCUAGCGAAAUCUCUGAGUACUUUAAAAACUCAUUUGGUAACAGAACUAGAAUUGAUUACGGCUCUGGCCAUGAGCUCAACUUUAUUGUGUUCUUGCUUUGCCUUAGUAAAUUGAAGUACUUCCAAGAUGAAGACUUUCCGUGCAUAAUCCUCCAAGUGUUCAACAAAUACAUGAAAAUCAUGAGACAGCUUCAAAAGGUGUACUGGCUUGAACCUGCUGGAUCCCAUGGUGUUUGGGGAUUAGAUGAUUACCACUUCUUGCCAUUUUUAUUUGGUGCAUCUCAGCUUGCCACACAUCCUCAUAUGAGACCUAAACUGAUCCACAACGAAGAAUUGGUAGAGCAGUUUUAUAAACAGUACAUGUACUUGGAGUGUAUCCACUUUAUUAACUCUAUCAAGACUACACCCCAAGGUGAAAAUCCUGAAGCUGGUGCCGGUAAGUUAAGCUUAAGAUGGCAUUCGCCUAUGCUUGACGAUAUUCUGGCUGCUAAAUCUUGGGCUAAAAUCAAGGAAGGAAUGAUCAAAAUGUACAAGGCAGAGGUUUUGAGCAAGUUGCCAAUUAUUCAACAUUUGAUGUUUGGUAGCUUAAUCGUUUGCCCAGAGGGUGUUGCAGAGCACUCACAUGAUGAUGCUGAUAGUGAUUGCGGUCACAUUCACGAAGCUGUAAACACAUGGGGAGACUGUUGCGGGAUCAAGGUCCCCAGUGCCAUUGCUGCGUCCGAAAUGAAUAAGCUUAAGAAACCAAUCCCGUUUGAUUAG